GUGGCGCUACUGGGUCAUUUUUUAUGCCGGUGAGGGCGGUUGUGCUCUGGCCGGGCCGGGUAGGCUGCCAGCUGGGUGAAUGUCGUGAACAGUCGCUGUGUUGGCUCCACUCUGGAUGGAGGUGAUAGUGUCGGAGGGGGCUUGUCUGAGUUGUUUCGGUGGAAUAAAACUGCAAGAGAUGAACUGAGGAAUAACAAACUCGACAAACCAGGAUGUAACUAACCGCAGACCAGAAUGUCAAGUGGAACAAAAGAGACUUCUUGUUGUUAUUCGCCUCCGUGCCCGAGUCUCCGUGGACUGAACUAACCAGCAGCUAAACCGGCUAACGUUAGCUGAGUUAACGCUGGAUACAUUGCGGACACGCUGUAUGAAGUGGACUCCCUUGACUGUUUACAGUUUCAAGCAUCCUUUCUUGCUUGUCUGCUAAGUGGAUCGCAAUUGACAUUUAUUAACUAACUCGCCAUGGCAGCAGUGGUGAGCUACUCUCCACCAUGGUGGGUGAACCUGCUACACAGACUUCCACAUUUCAACUUAAAGUUCGAGCAAACAAGCAGUGAUUUCCAACCAGAGGACUGGACAUAUCAACAGUCAAUCCUGUUACUGGGAGGUUUGGCACUUGCCUGUCUGGCUCUGGACCUCUUGUUCCUGCUUUUCUAUUCCAUUUGGCUGUGCUGCCAGCGGAACAAAAGUGAAGACCAGCCCAACGCAGACUGCUGCUGCACAGCCUGGUGUGUUAUCAUCGCAACACUCGUCUGCAGUGCUGGCAUUGCUGUCGGUUUCUAUGGGAACGGCGAGACUUGUGAUGGAGUGAAUCGACUGACGUAUUCCCUGCGCCAUGCUAACCGCACAAUCACUGGCGUGCAGAAGCUGGUGGAUGAUAGUACAUCCUCAUUGAACCAGACGGUAGAUGACAAUCUGCAACAGCUUGAGGUCCAGUAUGCGCAGCAUGCGGACUACCUGUCCAUCAUCCAAAAGCUGCAGGGACAGCUGGACGAGCUGGUCAGACAGAUGGUGGAGAUUCCCUUCUGGGACAACACCAACAUCUCCCUGGAGGAGCUGGCCGUCCAGAUUGAGCUGUAUGACUGGUACAGGUGGCUGGGCUACAUAGGCCUUCUACUGUUCGAUGUCCUCAUCUGCCUUCUGGUGCUGUUUGGCCUCAUUCGCAACUCCAAGGGAACGCUUAUAGGGGUGUGCUUGUUUGGUGUAGUGGCCCUGGUAAUCAGCUGGGCCUCCCUGGGGCUUGAGUUGGCCAUCUCUGCGACCUCCAGUGACUUCUGUGUUGCCCCUGACACAUAUGUCACCAAAGUGGCAGACCAGUACGGAGUCAUCAAUCAAGAUAUCCUGCAGUACUACCUUAGUUGCAAUUUGGAACAAACCAACCCCUUCCAGCAGAAGCUUUCCGGCAGCCACAAAGCAUUAGUGGAGAUGCAGGACGACGUGUCCGAACUGCUGCGCUCUGCCACCAGAGAGUAUAAGCAAACUAAGGGAACUUUGGAGGAGAUCCAGGGGAUACUGAACACCACUGAGAUCAGCCUACAUCAGCUCACCGCCCUGGUGGACUGUCGCAGCCUGCACAUGGACUACGUCCAGGCCAUGACAGGACUGUGUUAUGAUGGACUGGAAGGCCUCAUCUACCUCGUGCUCUUCUCCUUCGUCACUGCUCUCAUGUUUAGCUCGAUCAUCUGCAGUGUGCCUCACACCUGGCAUAAAAAGAGGAGCGAGGAGGACAGCGAGGACGAGUCUUUGAGCCACGGGGGAAGGCAAAACCCCGACAACCUGUACCGCGUUCACAUGCCCAGUCUGUACAGCUGUGGCAGCAGCUACGGCAGCGAGACCUCCAUCCCCGCUGCCGCCCACACCGUCAGCAACGCACCUGUGACAGAGUACAUGGCUCAGAAUGCCAACUUCCAAAACUCUCGCUGCGAAAACACGCCUCUGAUAGGACGAGAGUCUCCUCCCCCCUCGUACACCUCCAGCAUGCGGGCAAAGUACUUGGCCAACAGCCGACCAGAUCCCAACAACCCUCCGGCGCACUAGACGACACUGGACUCGUCCCGUCUGCAGCACUGACGUCGUUCAGUCAGUCCUUUUUUUCCUCUCAUCGAUGAUUUUUUUUUUCUAUUCACACGCUCCACCGUCUGCUUCCCCGCACCAUUAACUGUCUCUCUCGACUCCAUAUGGAAAAACCAAAUGUGCUUUUGCUGGUUGUUUGAAACAGAACUGAAGGAAAUCCUGCAGAAACUCAUCUCACGAACCAGAAAGUGGAAGUUUUUUUAGUCUCUCGUAGCUUUGUUUUCCGAUAUCUACAUUCUUCGGCUGAUGUUUACCGUCGCAAGAAGCGUCAUCGUCGCUGGGAAUUCGAUUCUGACGGAGCCCAGACUUACAUACACUCCAGUUUGUUUGUUUUUUUUCCAUUUGUCUACACAUUAACAUUCACGGUGUCACACCUAACAAGGCAUUGCAGUGUUGAGGACUCUGGGAGUGCUCAUAGACGAUAACACUGAUUACUACUGGUUGUUGUUUUGUAAAGUACUGUACUGAGAGAAACGCCUUACACAUGAACAUGGGAGGAAGGUAUCUACUGUUUUCUUUCCCACCUGAAAUGUAGACAUCCUUUUCUCACAGAAUCACACUCAACACAGAUCAUCAUCAUAGUAUAGAGUCAUUGUACAGUGCAACAUCUCAGCUCCUCAGGUCAGUUUUCUGCUUGUGGAACUUGAUGCAAAUCUUAAUUUCAACCAGUAAGAUUUGCAUUUUCCUCCAGGUAAUGUUGACAUACUGUAUAUCACACGUGCACAACACAUUAAUACUAUUUUUUACAUCGGCUUCUUGUUGGAUUUUGUCUUAAAUCUGAUGUGUGGGACCAGUCAUCCUGCAGUAUUGCAUGUCUUACAGUUC